UCGUUUGCAAGUUACUAAAUGUGUCACACACACGCACUCUCUCUCUCCCUUAGAACGAUCCCCCAGUCUUUCGUUUAUCUAUAGCUUCCAUUCAGCAGCGGUUAUUUGGCAGCAACUGUCUGGACUCUUUUUUUGGCGCGUUAAUAUUUCCGGCUAUUGUUUGGCGCGUUAGUUUGUGUAUCUGUCACUAAAAAGGCGCGAGAUGUUAGGUGAGGUGACAUGUACCCACGGAGCCAAGAUGUCACGCAAUGCAAAUGAGUUCCAGGGUGGCAAUGCUCCAACGUGACGAUCGACUCCUUGUGUGUGUGUUUGAGAGACCAUGGAGCAACUGGAGGAGGAACUGACUUGUCCUAUCUGCUGCGGUCUCUUCGAGGACCCACGCGUCCUCCUGUGCUCGCACAGCUUCUGCAGGAAGUGCCUGGAUGGUCUCCUGGAGGGUCCCCGGGGACUGGCUUUCACCAGAACCUUAUUCAGGUGCCCUACGUGCCGCAAGGAGAGCCCACACAACGGAGCCAACAGCCUACAGGUCAACUACUCCCUGCGAGGCAUCGUGGAGAAGUACACUCGCAUCAAAGUGGCGCCCAAGACUGGUGUGUGCGUCCAGCAUAGCGGCCAACCCCUCAAUAUGUUCUGCGUCACAGAUUUGAGGCUCAUUUGCGGUUGUUGUGCAACCGCAGACGAGCACAGAGGGCAUGAGUUUUGUUCCCUGGAGGAAGCGUAUGACAGGGAGAGAUGUGCGUUUGAGGAUCUCCUCCGAAGCGCGGAGGGGUGGCCCAGCCCAGGAGCUCUCGCCCGCUUGGAGAUGCUCCAGGCCGCCAAGAAGAAUGCUCUUCAGGCGGUGAACGAGGACGCGGAGAGGGUCUCCGACUACUUUGACAGACUGGUCUCCGCAUUGGAGUGCAAGAAGAACGAGAUCCUCUGUGACUUCGAGACGCAGAGACUGGCUGUCAUGCAGGCUCACGACCCGGAAAUCACCCGGCUGAGAGGCACGCUGGAGCGUCAGCGGAGCGCUCUCACCGCCGCCGAAGCCUUCCGGAGAGUGACGGAGCCGCUGGGUUUUCUGGAGCAUAUGCACGACUUCCGUCAAACGCUGGGAGUUCUCAAAGCAGAAGAAGAGGAGGGAAGGACGCCACCCAAUCAGAAAGUCACCCGGCUGGUGCGCAACUUCGACGUCCGCAAGUGGGACACGGUGAAGCUGCGUGACGUGGACAAGAUGACUGUGCCCUAUGAGAGGGAAUGCGGGUAUCCAGUCGGGUCACGUCGAUUCAUACCCCGACUCCUCCUAUUCCUUGUGGCGUGUAUGGUGCUGGUGCCCAUCCGGGGAGGCCUCCUUGUUUUAGAUGAGGUGACCGAUCACCUGGGGGCGGUGACUGCUGCAGCCCGGGAGCUCAUACAGGAGGUGUCCGAUGCUUCCAGUUGGCUGGUGGACGUGGGUCAGCAAUGUAUCGCACACGUAAUAGACUCUACUGUCACUUACAUUGGCAGCUGAAAAUCCAUAUAAAGGAGAUAUUUACAGCAAGGAAACCACAUUUUGUGGGACCACCUUAUGGAGCCAAACAGGUUACAUCCAUUUCCUAUAUAUUAAAUUCUGUACGUGCAUUAUUUUUUUUCUUAUCUUCACAUGCCAAAUAAAACGAAGCCAUCAGACGUG